AAAGAAGGUAAACACGGAAGUCCAUUCGGUCUAAAUAUAGUCGGAAUGAGGUCGCUCUUUAUACAUGUCUUAUUAAGUGAUUAAUAUGAUUCUAGCAGAGACAGAGAAUAUCGAAAAGGUGUCAAGAACCGAGCAGUUCAAUAGUGGUGUCGUUCAGUCUGAUAUAAGUUCGUAUCCCCACCACACGGACCUCUGGACGUGCUGAAGUUCAAUGGCUUCAGAUAAACAAGUCAGAUUUGUCAUCGUAGGUGGAGGAAUCGCAGGUGUAACAUGUGCAGAACAGAUCGCAUCGCAGUUCCCAUCAGAUGAAGUCUAUCUUCUGACAGCCUCUCCCUUAGUGAAGACGGUUACAAAUUUUAAACAGGUGUCGAAGACUUUGGAAGAAUUCGAUAUUGAGGAACAGCCAUCCAGGGUUUUAGAAGAAAAGUAUCCCAAUCUGAAAGUCGUACAGUCUGCAGUCAAACUCCUGCGAGCUAAGGAACAUCUUUUACAAGUAGAGAAUGGCCAGACGUUCCAUUAUAAAAAGGUGUGUCUCUGCAGUGGAGGCCGACCCAAGCUUCUUAUCCAAGACGAACCUCAUGUGCUGGGCAUACGAGACACAGACAGUGCUCAGGAGUUUCAAAAGUGCUUAUCAAAGGCUAAACGGAUAGUUGUCAUCGGCAAUGGAGGAAUCGCAUUAGAAUUAGUGUAUGAAGUAGAGGGUUGUGAGGUGAUCUGGGCUAUAAAGGAUAAAGCCAUAGGAAACACAUUCUUUGAUGCAGGAGCUGCUCAGUUUCUCAUUCCCUCACUGGAGGCUGAAAAGAAAGACAGGUCUUUGCCAUGCAAGAGAUCACGCUACACUACUGACAAGACUGGAGGCCACAGUGGGGCUUCAGGAGAGCUUGGCAGUGCUUUGGGCCCAGAUUGGCAUGAAGGGAUUGAAUUAAAAGGAGCAGAGCAGAGUUCCAGUGGAGUCCAUAUAGAAUAUGAGUGUGAGGUUGAUGAGAUCUUCACCCAACAGGAGUUUUUGCAGUCUAAACUCAGAACAAAGAAAUCUGAAUUAGGGAUGUGGCCAGCUUAUGUCCAGUUAACCAAUGGAAAAGUUUAUGGCUGUGAUUUUGUUGUGAGCGCAACAGGUGUCGUGCCGAACACUGAUCCUUUUCUCCAUGGCAACAAUUUUGAGCUGGCAGCAGAUCAUGGUUUAAGAGUGGAUGAUCAUAUGCGGACGUCUGAACAGGAUGUGUAUGCGGCUGGUGAUGUGUGUACUGCAGGUUGGGAGCCCAGCGCUCUCUGGCAACAGAUGCGAUUGUGGACUCAGGCGCGUCAAAUGGGCUGGUACGCGGCACGUUGUAUGGCUGCAGAUGUGCUGGAGGAGCCCAUAGAGCUGGACUUCUGCUUUGAGCUGUUCUCACACAUCACCAAGUUCUUCAACUAUAAGGUGGUUUUGCUAGGCAAGUUUAAUGCUCAGGGUUUGGGUCAGGACCAUGAGCUUCUUGUGCGCUGUACAAAAGGGCAGGAGUAUGUGAAGGUGGUUCUGACUGGGGGCAGAAUGGUGGGGGCCGUCCUUAUCGGAGAGACGGAUCUGGAGGAAACCUUCGAAAACCUCAUUCUCAACCAAAUGGACUUGUCCCGAUAUGGCGAAGAGCUUCUUAAUCCUAAUAUUGACAUUGAAGAUUACUUUGACUGAAUCCGGCUGGUUAGCCAAUAAUAGAUAGAUGAGUAAGUUCUAUUUUAAAGCACUGUGUGAAUUCUGUUCUAGCAGCACCAAACAGAAUUGCAAAAAUAAUAAGAGUUUUCAAACACUCCCUCAAUCUUCCAUCAUUCUCAACCAAGCAGGAAGUCCCACUUCUAUAUGUUGCCUUUGGUCGGGUCUAUAUCGUCAUGCUGGGCUCACAAACAAACAGACUGCAAUUCAGGUUUACGCAGAAAAUACCCAUUGUGGCUUUAAAAGAUUAGUUCACAUAAAAGUAAAUUUCAUUAUUUACUCGCCUUUAUGUCACUCCAAGCUUAUAAGACUCAUUUGCUGAAAAGUUUUGAAGAAUACAACAGGUUUUGAAGAAUAUCCUUGUCACAGACACACAAAAAAUAUAAAGCAAAAUAAAACAUCAUAGAAGUGGUCCAUGAACUAUAUUCUAAGUCCACAUCUGUAUGUGAGCAGCUGACCAAAAUGUAAGUUAUUCACUAAAAAACAGUGAGUUGAUCUUGAGAAUCUGAAAUUAUUCAAACUGGUUUUGCGAUUUUAACUGAUUUAUUGAAAAUAUCCAACUCAGCGUGCCAAAGAGAACUGGGGUAGAUGGAAGUCAAGAUUUUCAAUGAUUAAUAAGUUACUUGUAAUUACUUGAAAAGAAGAGUGAUUUGUACAUUGUUAAAAAAUUCUCAUUUGUGUUCCACAGAAGAAAAAAAGUUAUAUGGGUUUGGAGCAAUGGUGAAGGUAAAUUAAUCACUAGGCCAAAUUUAAAUUUUUGGGUAAACUAUUCUUUUAAAGAAUACAUUUUUAGAAGUUACAAUGCACAUUGUGUGACAGAAAAAAUAACAGGCUAUCGAGGUGCUAAGUAAUAUAUACGUUUAUUUGAUCCUUGAUUUGAAAGUGCUCAGUUCUCACAUCAUGAGGCAAGUAAUAAUUUAAGUUUGUAUAUGGAUAUGCUGAAGCAGCAUGUUCAUUUUCAACAAGGCACUUUUCAGUUUUUUGGGAUAUGUAUCUUGUUGGACUCCAAAUCCCAAAAUGAUCAUUUGGUGAUCAAUUCUGUGAUUGGAGUGAUGAUGUAAAUAAAGUCUUCUUGAUUUCUUCAGGAUUGUGAA